AACGGGGCGGCGCCAAGAUGGCGGCGGCGCUGCUGGCGCGGCUGUGCCGGGGCCCCCCCGGGCUCCGGGGCACCCCUGGGCUCCGCGCCGCCCGCCCGCCCCUCGCCGCCGCCGCCCCGCCGCUGCUGCUCCGCCGCCCCGCCGCGCCCCCGGGGCCGCGCAGCUUCUCGGCGGCCGAGCUGGUGCGCGCCGCGCCGGCCCCGCUGCAGCCGUACCUGCGGCUCAUGCGGCUGCACCAGCCCACCGGGACGUGGCUGCUGUACCUACCGUGUACCUGGAGCAUCGGGCUGGCGGCCGCUCCCGGCUGCCUCCCGGACUGGCACAUGCUGUCCCUGUUCGGCGCGGGAGCCGUGCUCAUGCGAGGGGCCGGCUGCACCAUCAAUGACAUGUGGGACCGCGACUAUGACAGACAGGUUGCAAGGACAGCAAGCAGACCCCUGGCAGCUGGAGAUAUCUCCACUUUUCAGUCCUUGGUUUUUCUCGGGGGACAGCUCAGCCUGGCACUCUGUGUACUUCUGUGUCUGAAUUACUAUAGUAUCAUUCUGGGAGCAGCCUCUUUAUCCCUUGUGGUCACCUACCCUCUGAUGAAGAGAAUAACAUACUGGCCACAGCUAGUUUUGGGACUUACAUUUAAUUGGGGAGCCCUUCUUGGCUGGUCUGCCAUCAGAGGGUCGUGUGAGUGGUCUGUGUGUUUGCCCUUGUACUUUGCUGGAGUCAUGUGGACACUGGUGUACGACACCAUUUAUGCACAUCAGGAUAAGAGGGAUGACAUCAUGAUUGGUGUGAAGUCAACUGCAUUGCAGUUCAAGGAGGACACGAAGCAGUGGCUCAGUGGCUUCAGCCUGGCCAUGCUCCUGAGUUUGUGUGUGGCAGGGAUGAAUUGCAAUCAAACCUCCCCGUAUUACUCGGCUGUAGCUGCCGUAGGGGCUCAUCUAGCACACCAGAUUUACACUUUGGACAUGGACAAGCCUGAAGACUGUUGGAAAAAAUUUGCUUCAAAUCGUACUGUAGGAAUUCUGCUCUUCAUAGGGAUUGUGCUUGGAAAUCUGUGGAAGUGAACAGACUUUAAAAAUGUAGGGGAGCCUUCAGAAAACAGAUAGUUGAAAUCACUAUACUUAUAUUUUAGUCUAACUAAAGUGUAAGUAUUGUAAGAAGAAAAACACUUUUAAUAUAAGUAUAGCUGCUUUAUAUUGUUUAUUUAUAAAAGCUGGUGGGAACAUUCUUGUUUCUGGAAUCAUGCAAUUGAGAUAAUUCUACAAUUAAAGUUUUGGUUAUAUGUCAAUAACUUCAAUCUGCAUAGAAGCUCCAAUAAAUGAAGCUCCUCUGCUGGUCCUGUGGUAUCAGCAAACUUCAGAUAAACCAAGCUCUAGUGUGCAGUGCAUGCCACCUCUCCCAGGUGACAGGUGAUAAACACUUGGUUGCUCAAAGCUCUGGAGACUGUGAACCCAAGAUUUUAUAUGAAGCAGGUGUCUCUUAGUGACAGCAAGUGUAAAAAUGCAAAAUGAUUUCUGGAUGUAAAUAAAACCUGGCUGUACAUGUUU